AUGGCAGAAACAUACAACUACGAGUUCUUCAACGUCUCGUUCCCAGCCGAACAUGUGGCGCAUGUUGAGAUUAACCGACCAGAGAAGUUGAAUGCGUUCAAAGAAGUGAUGUGGCACAACCUAUCUGCGCUCUUCAAGAAACUCUCCACCGACCCCAACAUCCGCGCGAUAGUCUACAGCGGCGCUGGCCGCGCCUUCACCGCAGGUCUAGACGUGCAAGCCGCCAGCUCAGGCGGCACCUUUGCCCCACCCACUGUCGACUCGGCGCGCAAAGCAAACGGUCUGCGGCGCCACAUCCUCGAAUUUCAGGAGUGCAUCACAGCGCUCGAGAAGUGCGAAAAGCCGGUAAUCUGCGUGAUGCAUGGUAUUUCGUUUGGGCUGGCACUCGAUAUGUCGCUCAGCUGCGAUAUACGCAUUUCCACCGCCGACACCAAGUUCAGCGUCAAGGAGGUCGACAUCGGCCUCGCUGCUGAUAUCGGUACUUUGAGCAGACUGCCUCAUGCGGUUGGCAACAUGAGCUGGAUAAAGGACGUUGCGCUCAGCGCACGCGUUUUUGGGUCUGAGGAAGCGUUGCGUGUCGGUCUUGUUUCGCGAGUCGCGGCAGACAAAGAAGCUGGGUUGAAAGAAGCGUUGGAGCUUGCGACGCUGAUUGCGAGUAAGAGUCCGGUGGCGGUGCUGGGCACGAAGGAGAUCCUGAACUACUCGAGAGAUAAGACGGUGGCUGAGGGGUUGAACUAUACGGCGGUGUGGAAUGCGGCCAUGUUGCAGACGGAUGACAUGAAGGAAGCCAUGUUGAGUGGGAUACAGAAGAAAAAGGUUAAGUUUGCAAAGCUGUAG